AUGUCUAUGACAACGACGACAGAUGGCGGCGACAGCAUGCGCCGUAGCGCCGUGCGCAAUCCAAAGCGACGACCUCGAAUCACCGAAGGCUCAAACAGCCCGAACGGCCCUCAACGCAAGAUACGCAAAUUGACCAACAAACCCGUCGAAGCACCGCUGCCGCUUGAUACGACAGAGUCUCUUCGUAGCGGUCUGAGCGCACUCGCAGUCCAGUCUUCUGCCUCGUUCUCGCGUAAUGGGGAUGCCGGAACGCGUCACAAGAGAACGCUAAAGAGCGACAACAGCACUCUCUUGGCGCAAACAGAUCAGUACAGCGUGCGCCAUCUUCCGAGCACACCAGACAUCCUGCGCAACAGCGCCAGCGACUACCGUGCAUCUACCAUUUCAUCACCUCCUCUAGCUCUAGCUGUCACCCGCGAACGCGCCUACAUCUGGGACUAUACCUCUCCAUCUCCCGUUGCACACCCCAAGACUUUCGAUGUCCCUCGACCAGCCCGCUCUGCAGAUCCCCUCCCACUCGCCGCCCUUGUAACAUCACCCACACGAGACAUUGGUCUAGUAGUAAUCUCUGCCGUCAACGGAAAUGUCACAUACUGGCAAAACAUCGACACAGCAGAGUCAUUGACUCUGUUCAACCAACAAAACACAGCCGUUAGUGGAAACAUCGGCUCCCUAUCUGGCGGAGAGACUGUCAUUCGCCUGGACUCGGCCGACCAUGCUGGCUUCAUAGUUACCCUCAGCUCUGGCCGAAUCGCUCAGAUGAGUCUGAUCGAUGAUCAAGGCAGACCAAAGAUUUCAGCACAUUUCUUACGUUCGACCGAGGCAGCUAGUAGUGGCGGUCUGUUUGGCAGUCUGAAAAACGUUCUUGGAGUCGGUCCUUGGAAACGUGAUAUUGUAUCAGUGUGCACUCGCCCGCUUCCUGCUAGACGCGAGAUACAGGCGAUGGCUGCCACCGAGACUGGUCAAAUCUACACCUGGCAUCUGGCUUGGUCCGGCCAGCCCACAUUCAGAGGCGCCUUUGACUUUCGUCAAUUCCUGCAAAACGAAUUGGCCACAUCGUUGGGCGAGAACGUUAUCAGUCUGCUCGACAUGGCCAUCACUCCUGCUUCUUCGGCUCCUGACGCUCCGCUGCAAUUGGUUUUGUUUGUUCAGGCUGGUCCUGCCUCGUCUCCCUCGUACGCCAUGGCUCAGGUAACUAUGGAGACGCAAGAUGGCGCUCGCCUUGAUGGUAUCAUUCGAAUCAACACUGUAUCACCUGACUCACCCGCCACAUCUCGUCCACGACUACUUUUGCCCAAGCCGGGACAUACUGCUUUUAUCGUUUUUGAACACGAAGUCGUAAUCGCCUCUAUCACGAAAUCUUCAUUCCAAGAUGUCGUACGUCUAAGAUCAGACAAACAUGUCACGAUUGAAGGGGCUUGCGAAGAAGACUUGAUCGAUACGAAGGGUACCUCUUCAUGUGCUCUCUUUAUCAAGGGCCAUGGUCUUGCUCGCAUCUCCGCUACCCAGACGGAUGCAACCCACUCAUCGAUAAAGACCAAAAUUGAACAAGCAAUAUUCUACGGAACCAUGUCCGACAACGUGCUCGACUUCUCUCGCAGACCAUACGAUCGCUACGACAUUGAAGAAACCGAAGAAGCUGCAUUAUCCAUUAGUGCUGAGAUUCUGCGCUCAACUUCGCACUUCAUCCCCCCGCUCACUUCGUCCAUGGAAGGUCAUCUUCAGAAUCGCAUCAAAGCCAUUCGUGCUCUGAUUCUCCACCUUCGCAGCGAUUAUCCUCCGGUAUCAAGACCGACAUCGUGGAGGUUACUGCUCGAUGCAGAGAAGCUAGCCGCCGCACAAGCCAUCUGGAUUGCAUGCGAGGAACGUUCGUCCAAGUCUACUCUGCUACCUAUUGUCAUUCAAGCAUAUUACAGAUCUCAGUCUAAGCAACAACCUAUCGACGUCAAUGCUGACUCUAUGAGGUCUUGGUUCGUCGAGGAGGUUGCCAACAUUGACAAGUUGCGAAAUCUUGUGCUACUGAUGAUCAACAACGUUCACGAGGAUGGAAAGUCUAAGAACAUAAUGCAGCUGAUCAGCGAAGCUGACGAUAUCCUGUUCAGCCUUUACGAUGCUGUAUUCAAGUUCCGCACCGAAAAUGCUGAGGUCUAUGGCAUGGAUCUGACUCUAUUCGAUGACGGCGUUCUGGAAGAAGGCUACGAGGAGCUUAUAGAGCCCUGGACCUCACAGUACGAAGUUCUCAAGUCGCUGAACAGGUUUAUCGAUAUCUCGCGCGAACGCGCAGUCAACUCCUUUGGCGACGACUCGAGGACUUUGGACGUAUCGACUGUCGACAAAGUUGUCAGCGAAAACGUUCGCAUGGUCAAUGUUCUUUGUCUUUGCUAUAGAGAACGCAUCGCUUAUAGCAAGGUACACAACGAGCAGAACAGCCCCAGCUAUGCCAUCAGCCUCGGGAAGAUCUUCGAACAAGCCCGAGCACACCACUUGCGCUCUCUCAAUAGGAUUGGCGAGUCUGCUGCUGGUAUCAGUAUCGCUGAGAAGUACAGGGAUAUGCAAACGCUUGUGCAGCUGGUCAUUGAAGAAUCUCAGUUCAUGUCCAACAUCUUGAAUGAUCCUGGCACUGUCUCUCACGAUAGGACGGAGACCCAGGCUAACAUGAACAAACUGCAGGCCAAGGUGGAAGGUUACUUCAGAACGUUUGGUGAAGAGUGGGCAAAUGCCUUCUUCGACAAUCAUCUUUCCAGUCGCCGCAGCUAUGGUUUACUGAAGGAAGCCGAAGACUUCAGGGAACCGCUUACUCGUUACCUCAGAGCCGAGAAGGCUCGUGGUCGACUGUCCUGGAUUAACGACGUACUCCGUGAAGGUGAUUUCCAGGAAGCCUCGACAACAUUGACAACUCUGGCCGAAGAGAAAGAGGUCAAAUUCUGGAACAAGAAAGUUGAGCUCUCACUCGCAAAGUUGACAUCUUUGGCCGCAAUGGAGGAGAAGGGCGCCAAGGGAAAUCAAGAACGACUCAAUGACGACUUGACUGUGGUCAACACACAAGAAGCCAUUAGGCAGCACCUGCAAUAUAUCCUCUAUGCGGCAGUCGAUAUCGAGGCGGAGGUUCAGUUAGCAUGUGACACCUAUGCUGCAUACCUCCAGCUCAAGACUCCAGCAUUGUAUGGGCUGCUUGAAGCAUCACUCAUGCACAUGCUCAGGAACGAAGCUCUGUCAGUUGAGGAGAUGAUCGACAUCUUGACCCUUAUGGACACGAAGGAAAGUGAAGAUUCUGAGGUCAACAUCAUUGGCAAGCAGUUCUUGAUGGCGUUGCAAGUGCUGGAAGCUGGAAAAUCGAGAAUGGAGGAAGCUCGAUUCGAGACUAACCUCCGCAUGAUUUGGAAGAGAUGCUACUUGCAAGACGACUGGGAGUUCAUCAACAACACAAGAAAGCGAACGGACAAGCUUAUUUCCAGGCACAUCAGAGACACCUUUGCAUGCCAAACAAUGAUGCGUGGGCUAGAGCUUUCAUUGUUCCAUCCAGGUUCAGGCAUCCGCAUGAUGACACCUAGCGAGACGCUGGGAGCAGGAUGUACAGCAGGAGAGCUGCAAAGCAGGUUCCCGGGCGAAGAGCUCCGUGACCCGAUCAUGCACGACAAUCUGAUUCAAGACGGGCAAUUGCAAGAGCUGAUUGAAAAGUGCAACGCGGAUCGCUGGCAUGCAGUAUGUGUCGAGGAAGCUAAAAAGAAGCUAGAAGAGGAGGCAGCAGCAAGUGCACAAGAGGAGGCAGCUGCGCAACAGCUGAAACAGACGUUGACGGAAGCCGAAAACAACGAUGCCGAGACGAACUUGGACGCACAGAUGGUGGAUGACAGUGCGGGAACCGAGUCAGAGCGAGAGCAGCAGACUGCAGAUGACGGCGAUGUACAAAUGGCGUAG